AUGGCAACUUUAAAUGAAAAGAAGACCUGCAGUGAACGGAUGGAAAAUUUCCGUCGUUUUGUCUGGAAUCCAGAAACAAAGCUCUUCAUGGGAAGGUCCUUAAUUAACUGGGUCUGGAUCAGCCUCUACUACCUGGCUUUCUACGUGGUGAUGUCAGGGCUGUUCGCACUCUCCAUUUAUUCUUUAAUGAGGACAAUUAAUCCAUAUGAACCAGAUUACCAAGACCAGCUGAAAUCCCCAGGUGUAACAUUACGACCUGACGUUUAUGGGGAUAGAGGACUACAAAUUUAUUAUAAUGUAUCCAACAACAAAACCUGGGAAGGCUUAGUGACAACUCUUCACACUUUUCUGACAGAGUAUACGCCAGCUGCUCAGCAUCUGAACAUCAACUGUACCAAUAACACAUACUUCAUCCAGGACACCUUUGAUGGCCCGAACAAAACAAAACUAUCCUGCAAAUUUACCUCAGAUAUGCUUCAAAACUGCUCUGGCAUCACUGAUCCAACUUUUGGAUUUCCAGAAGGGAAACCCUGUUUUAUUAUAAAAAUGAACAGGAUUAUUAAGUUUUUCCCUGGCAAUGGCACUGCACCAAGAGUGAACUGCACAUAUGUGGUAAGGGGUGAGGAGUCUCACACGCUGGAGGUGGACUACUACCCUGUGAAUGGUACCUUCAACCUGCACUACUUCCCCUACUAUGGGAAAAAGGCUCAGCCCAGCUACAGCAAUCCUCUGGUAGCUGUAAAAUUUCUCAACAUCACACGGAAUACAGAACUUAAAAUAGUGUGCAAAAUCAUUGGAGCUGGAAUUACCUUUGAUAAUGUUCAUGAUCCAUAUGAAGGAAAAGUGGAAUUUAAAUUGAAAAUAGAAGACUGA